AUGCACGCAGGAUUGGCUAGUACAUUAGCGGCAAUUAGAAUGCGUUUUUGGCCUCUAAAUAGCCGUAGUACAGUAAGAAAGGUAAUUUCGCGAUGCGUAAUUUGCUUUCGCGUGAAUCCGAAGAACACGAAAUAUCAAAUGGGAAAUCUGCCAGAAUCCCGGUUUAACUCUGACAAGCCAUUUGCAGUGAUCGGUAUAGAUUUUGCAGGACCCUUAGUAAUUAAAGACGGUAAGCUUAGAAAUAAAAAGAUUAUCAAAUGUUACUUAUGCGUAUUCGUCUGUUUCUCGACCAAGGCUGUACAUCUGGAGAUCGUUGGCGAUUUAACGAGCGAUUCGUUUUUAAACGCGUUAAAACGAUUUGUAUCGCGACGCGGAUUGUGCCGUCAUAUAUAUUCUGACAACGCCACUAAUUUUGUUGGUGCGAACAAAGAAUUGAACGAAAUCGCUAAAUGGUUAAAAUGCAUGGACAAGAAUGACAAAUUUAUAAAAUUUUGUACCCAAAAUUUAAUAACGUGGCAUUUUACUCCACCACAUGCUCCAAAUUUUGGAGGCAUAUGGGAGGCGGCGGUAAAGAGCGCGAAAUAUCAUAUUAAGAGAAUAGUGGGCCAGGCCCAUCUAACAUUCGAAGAAUUGUACACAGUGAUCACGCAAAUUGAAGCAAUUAUGAAUUCUCGACCAUUAAUGCCGAUAUCAAACGAUCCAAAUGACAUGGAAAUAUUAACGCCGGGACAUUUUUUAAUUGGUGAGCCACUCACAGCGUUACCACAAAACUCCGUCACAGAAUUAUCUACUAAUCGAUUGAAUCAGUAUCAGCGUCUACAGCAGCUCGUUCAACACUUUUGGUCCCGAUGGAAUAAGGAAUAUGUGUCGAGUCUGCAGCAUCGUAGCAAAUGGAAAAUUGACACGCCGUCAAAGAUUAAACUAGGUACCAUGGUAAUAUUAAAGGAGGAUCAUACACCGCCACAGCAAUGGCGUUUUGGUCGCGUAAUGGAAAUUCAUCCUGGUAAGGAUGGAGUAGUACGUGUGGUAAGCGUAAAGACAGUCAGUGGAAUAUUGAAACGAUCGCUGGGAAAAAUUUGCGUAUUACCCUUGAACGAAACCAUGUAA